AUGUUUGCAAGUUCGGACUUGAGCCAUAAAAUCUUGCAGACGGCGUCUACCACGGACUCGUUUGCAAGGAAAAACUCCAAUGACUCGAAAUUCACAACCUCAUCAUUGUCGUCAUUAUCGCCCGCCAACUCGAUUGUCGAUUUCAAAGGCGACUUGUUACCGGAUUUAUGGCAAACCUCGUCUAAUGAAUCGUACUUGUCCGAUAGCUUUGAGAACUUUACCUUGAAGCCGACUUUUCAGCCAAAGCAGCAGCAGCAGCAGCAGCAGCCACAGCACGCAAGCCACAUCAAGUUUGUUCCUUCGCAGUCGCAGUCACCGUGCCAAUUGCCCGCAAACAACAUGCUCCAUGCCCAGUUUUCUUCUCCAACUGGCGGUGCUGCUGCAUCAUCACCAUUUGACUCGGCUAGUGUUGUGCAUCUGAGAAACGAGAUGCUACCAAGUGUGCACGCAUUUGAACAACAGCAGCACCAUCACCAUCACCACCACCAAAACCACCAAAACCACAAUCAGCAUCUUCGUCAGCAUUUGGAGCAAAGUUUUGAAGUCAACUCUCCACAACUAUGGCGCCAGUCCUCACUUCAUCAACCUACAUUUACCCACCACUCGUCAUGGAAUAACGUAAACUCUGUUGUUCAUGGCAAUUGUUUGAACUCACCACUACUCCAUCAACAAUCUUUACUCGAGCCCACAAGCUUAAAUAUCAUUUCCAACUCAAGUCAUUACAACCACAACCAUCACCACCACCAGCAACAACGACAAUUUGCCGAAGUGGUGGACCCCUACCAAGUUUCCGAGGAUAUUGUUAAUUCUCAACAGAUUUAUUUAUUAGAUGAAGAUGUCCAACAGUUGAAUAGACAAAGAGACGGGUUGUGCCAUUCAAACAGCUUGCAGAAUAAAGUGUUGCACCCACACCAGAGUCAUGGCAUUCAUCCUCAUCUUGCUCAACAACAACAACCACAACUACAGCAACAACAAGCACCAGCACCACCACCAGCACCAGCACCUCCACAUCAUAACCAUCUCCAUCUUCAGCCCCAGCAGCACUUUCAACAACAAAAGACAAGCCUGGUUGCAGCAAAUGCCACUACCCAAGACUUUGUUGAUGUCAAUAGCACGAUAACUUUAAAAGACAUUGCAAGAUUGGACCCUCCAAUUUUGACUCUGAAUAGUAAUAAGCCUGCAGUCAACACCCAGCUCUACAAGACUGAAUUGUGUGGUCCAUUUAUGAAGACUGGAACUUGCACUUAUGGAUCCAAAUGCCAAUUUGCUCACGGCGAAGAGGAAUUGAAGCAUGUCGAACGACCCCCCAAGUGGAGAUCAAAGCCGUGUUCCAACUGGACCAAGUAUGGCAGUUGCAGAUAUGGAAAUAGAUGUUGCUUUAAACAUGGAGAUUGA